AUGGACUUUAUGGCACAGAAUUAUAGACCCGGCUAUACUUAUCAGGAUUUUGCUCACCAAUUUACCGCCGAGUUCUAUGACCCCGACAAAUGGGUCCAAAUUUUUAAAGCUGCCGGUGCUAAAUAUGUGGUGUUGACGAGCAAACAUCACGAGGGAUACACUUUGUGGCCGUCCAAGACUUCGUGGAACUGGAAUGCGAUGGAUAUCGGACCCAAACGAGAUUUAGCCAAAGCUGUCCGUAAGGAAGGCCUCAAAUUCGGUGCCUAUCACUCUUGGAUGGAGUUCUUUAAUCCCCUCUUUCUGGUCGAUCAAAAUUCAAGCUUUAAAUCACAAGAAUUUAUUAAAGCAAAAACACGACCGGAAUUAGAAGAAUUAAUCAAUGAAUACAAACCUGAGCUCAUUUGGUCGGAUGGGGAUUGGAUGGCAAACGAUACCUAUUGGAAUAGCACUGACUUCUUGGCCUGGCUUUACAAUGAGAGCCCCGUUAAGGAUACAGUUGUUGUGAAUGAUCGCUGGGGUAAGGACACUGCGUGUAAACACGGCGGAUAUUACACGUGUACGGAUCGGUAUGACCCGGGUGUAUUACAACCAUUUAAGUGGGAGAAUGCCAUGAGUUUGGACCGUAGCUCCUGGGGCUUCAGGAGAGACGCACAGCUCGACGAUUAUAUCACCACCAAAGAGCUUAUCACACAAUUAGUGCAAACUGUCAGUUGCGGCGGAAACCUAUUGAUAAACAUCGGACCCACAGCUGACGGAAGGAUUAAUUUAUUAUUUGAGGAGCGGUUGAGACAAUUUGGGUCUUGGCUUGAAAUGAACGGAGAAGCGAUUUACUCGAGUAAGCCGUGGAAACACCAAAACGAUACCAUCACUCGAGAUGUUUGGUAUACCUCCAAAGGCAAAGAUGUAUAUUCAAUAUCAUUGAAAUGGCCUCUAAAUAAUGAACUUCAAUUGGGAGCACUCGACUCAAAAAUAGUGGACAAAAUAGAGUUAUUAGGGGUGUCCGACCCCUUGACAUUUAAAGCCAAGAAUAAUGGAACUGUAGUCGUGUUCCCUGUCCUUACACCAGACACUAACCUUCAAUUCGCUUAUGUCCUCAAAAUUAAGACCAAAAUAAUGGAUCCGUGCCAUGACUUCUAUGAUUACGUUUGUGGCAAAUUUGGCACAAGAGCUGACAUACCCGAUGAUAUGAUCUCCUUUGGGGUACUCGAGAGUUCAAUCGGCGGAUGGCCUCUCGUCCCAAACACCGGAUUCAAUGAUCAGACUUACGAUCGCUUUGAGGCCCUAUCACUGGUUAUCGCCAACUUUGCUUUGAGUUCAAUCAUUGAAGUGGGAGUUCAGCCGGACAUCAGGAAUAACACCAAAAAUAUACUUUAUUUGGGUUCAGCGCCGGACUUAUCCUUAGAGUGGAAGAGACGUCGGAGUCGUCGAAAUCAUACGAGACUUGUGGUGCCAAUUGUGCCCAAUAUGUUGGAUAAGUCCAUGGAAUCUGAAUCAAUGGAUGAGCUCAAACUGAUCCACAUUCGCUUCAAUUACGACGACAACUGUAUUGUAACGGAUGUCCAAUAUUUCCGAGAAUUACCACAAAUACUACUAAAGACUCCGAACAGAGUUAUCGCCAACUUUUUGGGCUUUUCUGUGGUUCAGGCCUUAAGUGAUUAUACGAUCGAAGCGUUUAGAGAAUUGGACUUUGAAUUACAAAAGUCUUUGACGGGUAUCACAAAACCUCCUGAAUAUUGGAAACUAUGUGUGGAAUUAGUGGACGGAUUAAUGUCUUUCGCCAUUAGUCGCAAAUAUAUUGAACAUAAUUUCAAUCUACGAACCAAACGAAAGGUGAACGGGGAGAACACAAAGGGGGAGAACACCGCAGAUAACGGAGGCCUCAGGACUGCAUUCAAAGCAUAUAAGAUGUGUAAUCAAUACAAAGAGGAACCAAAACGAUUGCCUCAAGUGUCUCAAUACACACCCGACCAGCUAUUCUUCAUAUCAUACGCUACGCUGUGGUGCGAUAAUAUCAGACCAGAAGCCCUCGAAAGUGUUUUCCAAACUGAUGAACACAGUCCUCCCAAGGCUAGAGUCAAUGCGUUAUGCUAUUGUCUAGAGUUUGGGUCGAGUAGACAGCGGAAGCCAAACCCGGCAAAGGAGUCCACGACUCGAUCACCGUUGAACUGA